GCUCAUUGCCCAGCCUGUCCUAGCAAGGUGGACUACCUAAAACUAUCUACUCCCGCCCCUCACCAAAAACCCAAAACAUUGGUUUUCUGGAUCUUACCACUAAUACAUACAUACAUAGUAUUCUGUACAGCCAGAUAUUAGGACAGGUGCUGUUUAUGAUCUUUUCCUUUCCAAGUUUACUUGGUCAUUAUCUUUUAGUGCUGCUAAAGAAGUCAAUAAUUUACUUAUUUCUAUGGAGUAGUGAUUUGUUUAGCUUUACAGUCUGCUGUACCGCACUGGUUCCUCACCCCUCAAUUUUUUUUUAUCUAUUGCCUCCAUUGUCCUUGUUCUUUCUUUUUCAUUUUCUCUUUUUGGGUGAUAAUUUCCCCAUCUUUGGAUUCAUUUGUUCGAUCGGGGUUGGCUCCUGCAAUAUUAUUUUCAUCCCCUUUCUCUUGGUCGACUGCCACGAGGUUUGCUAUUCCCUCUACGAACUUCUGGGGGGCUUUCCCUGCUCUGGUGCGCACUCUUGGCACUCGAUCCGCCUACUGGUUUAAGCCUUCCCUCCUGCUAUUCGCCCGUCCGUUUCUCAACCUUCCAUCUCACGGACACCUCCACUCAACACCCACCGUUCGGAUAUUCCGCCCAUCCAGAGCACCCCUCUUAGCCAGUGCUCCACCGAUUACAGUCUGCU